AUGGGAGACUGCUGGAGACACCACAGUGGUGGUACCGCUGAAGACAGCGGCAGGAAGAUUGCUGGAAGAACCUGCGAAGACUCUGCUGGAACUGAUGGAAGUGGUCCUGCCGUGGACAGUGGGAUAGGUUCUGACGGGGAGAGUAGUAUGGAUUCUUCUGGAGAUGGUGAGUGGAACCCAACACAAGACGAUGAAGAAAGUCUUACUGAAGACUAUGAAAGAAACACAAAUGGAGAAAGAAGUGGGAGACUUGAUGUAGGUGGAGGUGGAAGAGUUCCUGCAGACGGUGGAGGGCUUGACGCAGCUGGUGCGUGUGUAGGUCUUACUGGAGGCUGUGGGCGUGAAGACUCUGACGGAGACGGUGAAAGUGGACGCCCUCGUGAAAACUGUGGAACACCAGCUGGAGACAGUGCUGGUGGAACACCUAGUGGAACCAGUGUAGGUGGAACACCUAGUGGAACCAGUGUAGGUGGAACACCUAGUGGAACCAGUGGAGGUGGAACACCUAGUGGAACCAGUGGAGGUGGAACACCUAGUGGAACCAGUGUAGGUGGAACACCUAGUGGAACCAGUGGAGGUGGAACACCUAGUGGAACCAGUGUAGGUGGAACACCUAGUGGAACCAGUGUAGGUGGAACACCUAGUGGAACCAGUGGAGGUGGAACACCUAGUGGAACCAGUGGAGGUGGAGGCCCUGUAGGACACGGCGGGGGACAAAGCCCUACAAGGAAGGGAAUAGUGGAACCAGGACACCCCAGUGUAGCGUGGAACCAGUCACGCCUGUAG